AUGAAACCACCAAGUUUCGAAUCACAAGUCAUAAAUUCUUCCAACUCUAAAACACAACAAAUAACUGCCUUCAACAGUGUUACCUACAAUACCGACAAUACCAUUGCUAUCAAAUAUCUAAACCAAUCGAAUGGUGACGUUUCCAAAGCCAUUGAAAAUUAUUUUGAUGAACAGGAACAACAGUCAACUGAUUCAGAUCGAUCAAGUAUUUCAAAUCCUUCCAGUGAUGUAAUUCGCAUUUUGGUUGUUGGUAUUACAGGUUCUGGUAAAUCAUCCCUUGUCAAUGGAGUUACUGGAAGUACAUUAGCAACAAGUGACAAUGCCAAUGGAUGUACCUGUGGAUAUAAACGACAGGAAUGUGAAUACGAAAGUCAAAAAUUCGAAUUAAUCGAUACAGCUGGAUUUGGUGAAGUUUCUGAAGUUGGAACUGUAAAACCAGAUGUUGCUUUCAAAUCUAUUCAAAAAUUGGUCAGAUAUUCAUACUCUGGUUACAAUUUGAUCGUAUUUGUGACAACAAAGAAAAAAAUUACUCAAACUGAUGUUGAUCAUGUCAAGCUAAUCACAGAGAUACUUUGUAAAAACUCCAUUCCAACAGUAUUACUUGUUAACAAGUCUGAAUCUGGUGCUAACAAAAUUGAUGACAUCUGUCAAAAUAAGUGGCUCAAUGAUAAUAAUGGAGCAAAUCUGAAUGAAUUCUACAAAGCUUUUGGAAAGGACACCUUUCGAGCCAUUCAACAAAUUGCUUUUCCAAAAGGUGAAAAAUCAAUCCUUCAACAAAUUAGAGAAGCAUCCAAAAGGAUAUUCUUCGAGAAGGUUAUUCCCUAUGCUUCCCCAACAAGAAUUGUCAUGAAACACACAGUAUCUCAAUUUCUAUCGGAUUGUUACAGAACUGAGACAAGUGGUGUAGAUGGUACCUCAAAGCAUAAUUUCAUUGUUGGAACCAUACUAUUGCCCUUCCUUCCACUCAUGUUAUGGGCGGAGAGUUUUGAAAAAACCAUGAAAAAGAGGGAAAUUAAAGAGUUGGAAGAAGAGCACAGUAAUUUUUUGGUUUCAACCUUAUCAAUCAGUAAGAAACAGGCAGUACAAAUUGCCAAAGAGAGCGUCACCUAUGAAUUUUCUGAAUUGGGAUCAGGUUCAUGGGAAUAACGAGUUGACUUGUAAAUCCUAACACACGCUCAUGCUCUUUCACUCUGU